AGCCCGUUAGCCACUGACACCCUCUGAAUUACAGCACUGGUACCACCCCACGGCUCGUCUGUUGCCACUGUAAAGCGAAAACGGGAACUCACAACCUCUCGCCUGGUGACAGCAACUCCUACACCAAAACCAAACCCCAACUUUUGAAACACGCCGCAGCAACGAGCCAAACGCAAGACGAGACUGCUGACUAUUUUAUCCGUCUCUCUUCUUUUUACACGCGGGCCGCUCUGAAUCACACCACCCGCGUCUCGUUCAACAGCAGUAGCCGCAGCAGCAGCCUGGCAACAAAGUAGGCAGCGAGGCAUACUUGCUUCAUCCCGUGCUCGUCUAGUCUUGUGUCUGCAACAACAGCAACGAGACCAGAAAAAGACCCGGACGCCCCCGUACUCUCAUCUGCAGCCCAAGAAAGAAAAAGAACGACGGCAUCGACGAUUAAAAUUACCGACUAAUUACAGCUGUUCUCUGCUAUAUACCUUAGCGGCUCAUCUUAUCAGCCAUUCGGCAGAAGACCUCGAUUUUAAAAUUACUGUUGUUCCUUGCUGCUGCACCCCGGCUUAGCUUCCCCCCUCCUCGCCGCCUCCGAUCAUCCAUCCCAACGAAUCUCCACGCCGUUGGCCCAUUCCAGCCCGCCGCGCUCUUUUUUUUGCCUCUGGUGACUUGGACACCGCAACGUUGCGCUGCGCUGCUGCUGCGUCGAUUACAUGCGUCUCCUUUUAGGAGCACACUACGUCUUGGCCUUAUUUUGACUUUUUCUCCUGCACCAGCAGUGAAAAAGAGCAGACAGACUCGAAACUUUGAACAAACCAUACACCAGCAACAGCCCAUCAUGCCUGCGGCCAUGGUCGAAACAAUACGGCCGCCGCCGCCUCUCGACGCUAUGCUCCCGCCCUCACAACCCGUCUCUGUCGCUCCGAGGCCCAGAGACGGCAGCAGAUUAAACCUCGAAACACACUCGGUCAGCAGCAACGGCUGCUUUGAAUUCGACCGCGUCAUCAAAAGCGGCUACCUCACAAAGAGAGCCCAAAAGACAAAGAAAUGGAAAACAUGCUUUGUCGUCCUCCGACCAAACACGCUCUCGAUAUACAAGGACGAAAAGGAGUCUAAGCUUCGACACCAAGUCCACCUCUCCGACCUUUCUGCCGUCACCUUUCUCAAAGACCCAAAGCACAAGCGUCAGAACCUGUUUGGCCUCUUUUGCCCAGCCCGAAACUUUCACUUCCAGGCCCCGACACCUGAAGGAGCACGAGGAUGGCUGGAACUGAUUCGCCGCGAGGCCCGUCUCGAGGAGGAUCAGGAAGAGCUCUUUCUUGCCAGCCCUCUUGUUCGCAGCGUCUCACCCAACGGCUUAAUGGCUGUGACGCCUGGUGACGGCGUUACACCCCUCGCACGGGAGACCAUGCUGUCGUCGUCUCCCGAAACCUUUGAGCCUCCGACACCAGGCUUCCUGCACGCCGGUAUGCGCCGCGAAUCCUCCGCUCUCGACUCGUCAGGCCUCUCGGGCAACGAGCUUCCUUCGCACUCCGACCUGUCCGAUAACGAGCACCGCAUGCGCGGGGCUUCUAUUGAAAGCUCCUCAGUACCACUUGGCCAGAUUGUUGGUUCGGUGCCUGGACCGGGCAUGCCGUACCGCGUGAGCCCGACAGACCGUGCCGCGCCCGUCAACGCCUUUGAACAGGAUCCCGACCGUGUCAUUUGGCAGGGCUGGCUUCACCUGCUGCGCAGCAAGGGCGGAGUGCGGCAAUGGAAGCGUAUGUGGGGAGUGCUGCGGCCACGCAACCUCAUCAUGUACAAGGACGAGAGCGAGUACCUGGCUCAGUGGAUUGUGCAGCUCCCUGCCAUUGUGGACAUUGUGGACAUUGACGCGCAGAGCAGGACCAAGGUCAACUGCUUCCAGGUCAUUACUGAGGAGAAGAGCUACAAGUUUUGCGCACCCGACGAAGAGAGCCUGGUGCUCUUUGUCGGUGCACUCAAGAGUCUUCUGGCCAAGCGUAAGAUGAGCGCUGCUGCUGCCUCCAAGGCUUAAAAGUUUCUCUCCUCUUCAUCGGCCGUUCUUCGCCUUCUACACAAACAGUGUCAGACUGACACACCAGCUCCUUCACACAACCCUGAGAGACCAAAGGAGACACUCUGGUCUCCACGACGCAAGCAUUCAUUGAAUUUGGCGAUUUCUUUUCCUGUCUUUUUCUUGCGGUUACGAGAUAAUGAUGACACCCCAGCGGCUUCUGCUUCCCUUUUUUUGAUACUCCUAAUAUCACACACUCGAUGCGGCGACACCCGCCGUCCUGAUUUGACUUUCUACAUGCUGUUCCCCUCGUCUCUUUCCGUGACACGUAUGUGCUCUACUGUGCUCUGCCUCGUAACAUUCAUCCCAUAUUUUUACCC